AUGGCACCUUCCAAGAAAAACGGCCCUCAACCCAAUCCCAAUCCCAUUCGCAUAUCCCCAGGAACUCCCAAAUCAGUGACCACUCCACUCAUAUCCAGCUCUCAACCACCUCAGAGCAGCCCUGAACGAACAAUUAUCAGAAAUCAUAUCAGCAUCUUAGAUCUACCCAUUGAAGUGUUGGAUCAGAUUUUCUCCUACAUAUCACAAAUUGACCUGCUAUCAUGCUGCCUAGUCUCAAAGAGGUUCCAUCAACACUCAACGUCUCAUCUAUGGAGCCAUCUCAAGCUAUCGCCUAGUUCUAAAGAUUGCAACGCUAAAGGGGACGCAACUAGAUUAUCAAUAUAUCGAAGUACACUUGACAAGCUAUGUUACGGAAAGUCGAGAAGGGUUAAUGAUUUAGCCAAAAGCGUGAAACAUCUUACAUUAGAUUAUCAUGAUGAGACAUGGUGUAGAUCCAUGAAAGGUGCACUUCGAUUACCCGAUUUACGAGUUCUCCAAAUCAACUUGGCCUCGGGAUGCUCAAGAACUCGGUAUGCAUUCCAUCAAUAUAGUGCAGGAGAGCGCUGCAAAUUGAUCUCGGACAUUCAUCCUUCGACUAUAAUUAUCAGAGACUGUGUGACCUCAGAAAAUCCAUUGUAUUGUCCUUCCAUUUGGCCAUUAUCACUAUGGAGGAAUGUGCAUGAUUUGUUCUUCGUAUCUUCCGACUAUCAAUCAACCCCUAAAACCGAUAUGGAUCUCGGUUUCCCAGAAAUGCUUUUGGACAGGUUAAAAUCAAUCACCUGGAUCUUUAGUCCGAUCAAUACCUCCGGUCGUUCUCCCUCCGAUGCGAUAUCGAAAUAUAAGGCUUGUUCUUUAUUUCCCUUGAUAUUCACCUUGAAGCAGACUGAACAGGUACCAUUCACCAUUGUCAAUCCUGCUCACCUUGGAAGGGCGAAAGGUAUCCAUCAGAGGACGGUUGACUAUAUCAAAUAUCAAUUCGUUAAGAGCGCCACCGAGCUGUGGUAUGGUAAGGGAAGAGAUUGA